AUGAGGCCAAUUUUCUGUGGGAACCUUGACUAUGAUGCCCGCCAGUCUGAAAUCGAGCGUCUUUUCGGCAAAUAUGGAAGAGUGGAGCGAGUUGACAUGAAGACAGGAUUUGCGUUCGUCUACAUGGAAGAUGAACGUGAUGCUGAAGAUGCUAUCCAUAGACUUGACAGAACUGACUUUGGUAGAAAAGGGAGGAGACUGAGAGUCGAAUGGACAAAGGAGGAUCGCAGUGGUGGUCGGAAAGGAAAUGGGAAGCGAUCUCCAAGCAGCGUGAAACCAACCAAAACCUUGUUUGUGAUCAACUUUGAUCCAAUCAACACAAGGACAAGAGAUUUGGAGAAGCACUUUGAUCUGUAUGGCAAGAUUGCAAAUAUCAGAAUCAGAAGGAACUUUGCAUUUGUCCAGUAUGAAACACAGGAAGAUGCUACUAAAGCUCUGGACGGUACUAAUGGAAGCACUGUGAUGGACAGGGUCAUCUCUGUUGAGUAUGCACUUCGUGACGACGAUGAAAAAAGGAACGGGUACAGUCCAGACAGGAGAGGAGGAGGCCGUGAUAGAUCUCCGGACAGAAGGGACAACCGUGGUAGGUCCGCAAGUCCUUAUGGCAGAGGGCGGGAAAGGGGCAGCCCAGACUAUGGCAGGGGCAGGGAGAGGGGCAGCCCGGACUAUGGCAAAGGUGGUGCCAGAGAUAGUCCUGACUAUGUCCGUGGUGGAAGCCCAUACGGCAGCAAAGGGGAUGACAGGGCUAGCCCCAAGUAUGACCGUGAACGCCGUGAAGCCAGUCCUGCCUAUGACAGGCGCCGCAGUUUUCCACUGCGCAGCCGCUCGCCUGCAAGGUCGCCUGCAAGGGAAGAUAGGGACUGA